AUGCUCAGGGAGCUGCGGAGUCUGGAGCCGUGGGACGGCUUGCUCUCUGGGAACAGCGUAAAAUACACUGCUUGUAGUGGCGUCCUCUGUGACCAAGUCCUCCUGAAGUAUUCUAAAAGAGCUGUACUUGAAGCUGCAAUCCAGAAGUUCCUGCUAGGAAAGCCUCCUGAAUUUUGUACUUCUUUACAGAGAGUUGCAGAAUUAAAAGGCACAAAGCAGACAGCAACAGGUUCAGCUGCUAGCACAUCAUCUCAUCCUGUCAAGAGAAAAACUAUUGACACAGAAAAUACAGAGUUGAAGAAAGUAAAAGGUACGGACGAAAAGCCACAUACGUCUACAUCUGGGCUACCAGCAGAUUUUUUUGAUGAAACAGAGCAAGAUAGUGCAAACAAACAGCUUUCAAAGGGUUCAGGUCCCAGUUUAUUGUCAGGAAAUUACGAUGAUGAUGAUGAUGAAGAAGAACAAGAUCAAUCAAACAAAUCUUGUGUUACGCAUAAUACUGAAAUUCCACCUCCAACUCAAGAAGUAAUAGCUAAUUCUCUGCCUGCAGACUUCUUUGACAGCAAAACCACAGCUGCUCCUAUAGUUUCCCAUUCAGGGUCCAUACAGAAAGCAGAGAUACAAGAGAAGAUAGUGGAAAGGAAAGAAAACACCGCUGAAGCUUUGCCAGAAGGUUUCUUUGAUGAUCCUGAAGUGGAUGCAAAAGUGCGAAAAGUUGAUGCUCCAAAGGAUCAGAUGGACAAAGAAUGGGAUGAAUUUCAAAAGGCAAUGCGACAGGUCAACACAAUUUCAGAAGCAAUAGUGGCAGAAGAGGAUGAGGAGGGACGACUAGAUCGUCAGAUUGGAGAAAUUGACGAACAGAUUGAAUGUUACCGCCGUGUUGAGCUUUUGCGUAACCGUCAGGAUCUGAUGAAGGAGAAGUUAAAGGAAGCCAUGAGAUUAAGAGCAACUCAACAGAAAGAGGACGAGGCUAUUGGUAGCGAAGAUGAAGAAGAAUUGCAGGAUUUGCUGUCUCAAGACUGGCGGGUGAAAGGGGCUUUGUUGUAGCAUUUCUGCAACGUGGCUGAUACUCUCUUUAUCUGUGAUGUUACUUCCGUUGUUAGAAGUGAGAUGCUUUUGUUAAAUAUUUAUUUAAAGAGGAUCGUGAGGUGGUAAAGAGCCAAGCGUAUUAAAAAAAAUAAUCUUUGUAGAUCUACAAUGGUGUAUUACUUGCUGUAAAAACUGUAUAUUGCAAAUGUUUUACAAUAUUGAAUGUACCUUUCCUAUUAAAAUUAUUGGUUUCCUACCAGAGGUAUUUUCAUGGGAUUAGUAAUUAACUGAAGAAUCUCUAAGGUUUUGGAAGCAUUAGAUAUAUCUGGUAAUUUUGAGACUUGGAUUAUUGUGUAUAGAAGUAAAGGACUAGCAAAAGUGAUAGUGUAUGGAGUUUUCCCAGACUGGGGGGUUAGGGAAAGGAAAAUAUCAGGCAUUUAUGUUAUCUUAAAAUUUGUAAGUGCUCUUCUGUCCAUUGCCCCAGCUCCCAAUAAAAUAUGUACAUUUUUUUC